AUGUACAACGUUGAUCAUCGUUCGGCCGACCUGUGGCGAGAAAUUGAAUUAGGGCGCAAUACAUUCGCACCUUGUUAUGUUGGGUUGAAUCUCACGAUGCCCGUGCUGGGGAACGUGGUCGACAUCGGUGGAGCCGACCCGUUGGACCGUUGGAGCGCAAUGAAUGUCUCUGUCGGCGCCGACUAUCGCUCAGUGCCCGUCAAGUAA